UCAACAAUGAGACCAACGUUGUAGAAAGUUGUCUUGAUCGCGCUGUUGAGCCGUGACCAGCCCCGCCGAAAGCGCAGGUCUGUGUGGUUCCAGAGACGAUUCAAGUCCCGAAAGCAGGCAGGGGAGUUCCACCGUCUCAUUCAAGAGCUACGAAUGUUUGGAGAGGAAUUCCGAAGUUACUUUCGUCUGGACCGAAGCCAGUUCGAUCACCUGCUCCAGAUGAUUGGAGCCAGCAUCGCCCGGAUGGAUACCAACUACCCGGAGUCCAUCAGCCCAGUUGAACUCUUGGCGAUUUGUCUCCGAUUCUUGGCGACAGGGGACUCCUACAGGACCAUAGGAUUCAUCUUCCGAGUUGGACGGUCCACGGUGGCAGGCAUUGUCCCCUCUGUGGCACAAGCCAUUUGGGACUGUCUGGUUGGUGAAUACAUGCCUGUCCCCAAGGAGGAAGACUGGAGGGCCAUCGCUGCCGAGUUCCUGGAGAGGUGGAAUUUCCCCAACUGUCUUGGCUCCAUUGACGGGAAACAUGUAGUAAUCCAGGCUCCACCGUGCUCAGGUUCGCAAUUCUACAACUACAAGAGUACAUAUUCAGUUGUACUCUUGGCUGUAGUAGAUGCCAUCUACUGUUUCCACUUUGUCGAUGUUGGUGCUUACGGGAAGGGAAGUGAUAGCGGGACCCUCCGGGACUCUGCCUUUGGCCAGGCACUUCAGGAUGGCACCCUGGAGAUUCCACCACCUGCAUCACUCCCUGGAGCUGAAGACCUGGGACCUGUUCCCCACGUCUUCGUCGGAGACGAGGGCUUCCCUUUAAGACCCAACCUCAUGAGGCCCUACGCUGGACGCCAGCUGCCAUUGCCAAAGCCUGUAAGGAUCUUUAAGAAACGAUUGUCCAGGGCAAGGUUAGUUGUUGAAUGUACCUUUGGGAUUCUGGCAGCCCGGUGGAGAAUGUAUUGGAGAGUGCUUGGUCUCAGCACCUCAAAUGUCGAUGAUCACAUCGACAGCGUUAUUGCAUUGUGGUUCACCAGAAGUACAUUCAUUUCCAAUGGAACGCUGCGUUUGCCUUGCAGCAUUGAGUUGCAGAGGAAGUUGCAGUGCGUUCUGUGUGGUGCAUAUGUAACAGUUGUUAAAAUACUUUGUGAAUUUCAACAGGUUCAUAUAUUAAUAUAGCAUGUUGAUUUGUUAUUAUGCAUGCCUGUGUAACAGUAUAGCUUCCGUCCCUCUCCUCGCCCCAACCUGGGCUCGAACCAGGGACCCUCUGCACACAUCAA